AUGGCAGAAACUAGACUCCCACCAGGUCACAAAAGGCAAAAACUCUGGUGGAAUAACUUUGAAGAUGUUGAAUCGACUUCAAAAAAUGUUCUACAAGUCGAAUGCAAGUUAUGUCCAGAUGUCGUCUCUAACAGAAUUCCUAGACCAAAUGCUUCUGCAACUGGCAUGAAGUCACACCUCAAGCGCAAACACAAAACUGUGUAUAAUGAAGUUUUGCGGCAGGAGGAAGAAAUGAAGUCUCAACAAGCCAUUUCUGGGGAAAAACCUGAGUUUUUGACAUCAAUAGGAGGAACUGGAGCUGGUAGUUACUUUCAACUGCGCGGGAAAUUCAAAAUGCCAGCACAUUUUCUAAAGCUGAAGUCGCAAGAUCCUAUGCAAUUAAGAUUUGACUAUGAAGUGUGUCUAGGCCUUGCAAACUCAAAUGUUUCAUUUCACUUUAUGGAACUCCCAUCGAUUCAACAAAUGUUUCAAGCAAUUUGUCCACAGUACACACUUUGCUCUGCAAGGACCUACGCUCAGAAUAAACUUCCCAUUGUAUAUGAGGCUGUCAAAAAAGCUGUGAAAGACAUCGUCUUUUCCGAGAUCAAAAUGGUUAUGCGCAUUGGUUUCACCACUGAUGGAUGGUCCUCUCUAGCAUGUGACAAGUAUAAUUCCAUCACAGUCCAUUACAUCAACAACAACUAUUAAAUACGGAGAUUUUCUGGUGUUGUGAGCCAACUGAUGUCCCACAGACUGCUGAAAACUUACAAAA